GUGAUUGGGAGCGGUCAAACUCCGUUAAGGACAAGACUUCCUUAGACAACCUCUGGACCUUUAUGGAGCAACAGCACAAGGUUUCCCAAUAUGUCUCCUUUGGUCUCGGCAGUCAUGCGCAAUCUGCGCAACGACUGGUCAACAACCAGUCUGGCAAUGGUAAGCCUAGUCAUAAUUCAAUUAACAAUAAUUCUCGUCCCAGCACGUCCUCAACUUUUGUCAAGUAUUCUGGAUGCUUGUUUUGCAAUGACACCAAUCAUAAUGUCUUUCGUUGCAAUACAUUUCUCAAUAUGGCGCCUACAGCUCGUCUAAACGCUGUACAGCAAAAGAAUCUCUGUAGAAACUGUCUUCGACCUUUCAGUAAGGAUCACCAAUGUUUUGGUGCUUGCAGAGAUUGUGGCAAGGCCCAUCACUCAUUAUUGCAUUUCAAUAAUAGUAAAUCUUCCCCAACUGUAGGGAAAAAUACUUCUUCAAAUAAUGCUCACACUCGUAAACCAAAUCGUCAGCAGGCUUCUAAGUCCUCAUCGAAUUGUUGUUGUUCUGAGUCAAAGCAGUCUGACAUACCUAGCCCAGCUGUGUUCACACCUAGCUUGACUCGUCCAGUCAGUCAAGCAUCAUCAAUUUCAGUGUCUGACACUUCGAGUGUCACAACUGUUGUCACUCCGACCUCGUCGACAAGUUCACAAGCCAUCAGCAAUUCAAACUGUGCGCAUUCAAACUCACCUAGCUUGUUACAACGAGUUAACAUCAUGCCCACAGCGCAAUUGCAUAUUUUGAGUAAAAAUAAUCAAGUUAUUUCAUGUCGCGCACUGCUUGAUACCGGUAGUGAUGCUUGCUUCAUUUCCAAGGCUCUUGCUUCUCAAUUGGACCUUGACUCUGUGUAUUCUAAUAAUACCAUUCACACUGUGUCUGGUACCAGUUCAGCACCUGUGUGUACUGCUGCUGUUCUCAUACAUUCUCCUGACCGAACGUGGUCGAAGGAAGUCAGUUGCAUAUUAACUGAGAAAAUUACCCCUAGCAUUCCUCCAUUUGGGCUCAACUUACAAAACUUCAAUAUUCCACCCAAUGUUAAGUUAGCUGACCCUGAAUUUCAUGUUUCUAAGGGAGUCGACCUGCUUCUCAGUGUUGCUAUCUAUUCUUCUAUCCAAGCUUGUGGUCAAAUUCAGUUAGCUGAUGAAUGCACUCUUCAAAAUAACAAACUGGGUUGGGUUGUUUGGGGAGCUAUCAUGCCUAACAUUCUCAAUUCAUGCGAGCAACCCGUUAGCUCAAAUUGUGUGUCAACUCAUGACAUUUCCAGACAAUUAGAGAAGUUUUGGAAAAUUGAGGAAGUCCUUCCCAAAGAUAGCGUAACUAAGGAGCAGCAUCAAAUUGAAAAACACUAUCUUGAUAAUGUACAACGUGGACAAGACGGCCGCUUCUCGGUUGCACUACCUAAAAAAGAUAAUUUCGACUUAUUGGGUCAAUCUCGUCAUCAAGCACUUGUGCGUUUUCAUUCUUUGGAAAAAAGACUUGCUACUAAUGCUGAAUUGCGUUCUCAAUACGUAGCCUUUAUGGACGAGUAUGAAUCUCUUGGUCAUAUGUCUCCUGUACCUGACAGUCAGCCUUAUGAAAAAUGUUUUCAUAUACCACACCACCCAGUUUUCAAGCCCGACUCGACAACUACAAAAUUGCGCGUAGUUUUCGACGCCUCUGCUAAAUCUAAUACAGGCAUUUCUUUAAAUGAAGCCCUUCAUGUAGGUCACACCGUUCAACCUGAACUGUUCGAUAUAGUUUUGCGUUUUCGCACCCAAUGCCAUUAAAAAUGAUUUUUAUGUGGAUGACUUUAUAAGUGGUUGUUCUACUGUUGAACAGGCAAUUGACUUAUUGCGUCAAAUUCGUGACACUCUGUCCAAUGGAGGUUUUGAACUCCGCAAAUGGUUGUCAAAUUCAAAUGAAGUACUCAACAGCAUUCCUGAACACCUUGUUGAAACUGUAUCAUCCAAACCCCUUUCUGAUUCAAAUGACAGUAUAGUUAAGGCGUUAGGAUUAAUCUGGAAUUCAACCUCAGACGUUCUAAUUAUUUCAUCCAGUGUAGCUGAUGUAAUCCACAAAACCGCAUUCACAAAGAGAGAAUUACUCUCAUGUAUUGCUAGUAUUUUCGACCCUCUUGGUCUCAUUUCUCCGGUAGUAAUUCUGCCUAAAAUGCUAUUUCAAAAAUUAUGGCCAUUGAAACUUGAUUGGGACCAAAAAUUACCACCUGAUUUGUUAGCUGACUGGUUAGCUAUUUUGCAAGAGCUUCCUAAUAUUUCAAAUAUUACAAUUCCGCGCUGCAUUCUCGCCCCUGAGCCAGAUGCUAUCCUUGAAUUACACGCUUUUGCUGAUGCAAGUGUCACCGCUUAUGGUGUCUGCAUCUAUGUUCGGAGUACAACUUCACAAGGAGUGCACGUUUGCCUCCUCACUGCGAAAUCAAAAUUAGCGUCACUCAGACCACUUUUGACAAUUCCUAGAUUGGAAUUACAGGCUGCAUUGUUAGCUUCCCGCUUAGUCAAUAAAAUAAUUUCCGCAUCUAGAAUUUCAUUCUCAGGAGUCUUUCUGUGGACUGACUCAAAGAUUGUCUGUGACUGGCUUAAGGCCGUUCCGAACCGAUCUGACGUAUUUGUCUCGGUCAGAAUUUCUGAAAUUCAGAAUACUACAGCUGAUUUCAGUUGGAAUCAUGUUAAAACCGAUCAGAACCCCGCAGAUCUCGUCUCUAGAGGCUGCUCACCAAAUCUUUUGAUUACUAGCACUCUUUGGUGGAAUGGACCUACUUGGUUGUCUCAAUCUCCAAGUACAUGGAAUAAAUUUUCAACCAAUUUUUCAACAACCAGAAGCAUUGUUUCACUUGCUACAAAAAUUGAUUCUUCACCAGUUUUCAAUGAACUAAUCAAUAAAUUUUCCAAUUAUCAUAAAUUGACUCGUACAACAGCGUAUUUAUUGCGCUAUGUGCACAAUCUUCGAAAUUGUAAAUUUCCCGAAUUAUUGCGCAAGGGUGAAUUAUCUAUUGAGGAGAUUAAACAAGCUGAGCUUAAGCUCAUUCAUCAUGUGCAAAUUGAAGCCUUUCAUCAGGACAUAUGUCAAUUGAAGGCCAACAAACCAUUGCUGCCUAACAGCCGAAUCAGAAGUCUUACCCCAUUCAUUCAUUCUGACUCCCUCCUUCGUGUUGGCGGACGACUUCAAGAGUCAAAAAUGUCAUUUGAUUUUAAACAUCAAAUUUUGCUUCCAGCUAAGCACAAACUCACUCGGUCUCUUAUCAAUUCUUGUCAUAGACGUUUGCUUCACGCUGGUGUUCAAUCCACAAUGGCCAGCAUUCGCCAAAAAUUUUGGAUUUUAUCCACUCGUCGUACCGUGAAAAGUGUACUCAAGGCCUGUAUCACAUGUUUUCGCUUCUCUAGUUCCCGUACUGAACAAAUUAUGGGCAAUUUACCUGCUGUGCGCAUUCAAACCGAAUUUCCAUUUUAUAAUUCGGGUAUUGACUAUGCUGGACCAUUCAAUUUGAGAUUAGGUACUACUAAGUCACGUACUUACUCUAAAGCGUAUCUUGCUGUCUUCGUAUGUAUGGCAACUCGCGCUGUGCAUGUUGAAGUUGUCUCUGAGUUAUCAACUAAAAGAUUCAUUGAUGCACUUAUUCGAUUCACUGCACGUCGUGGUAUACCAUUUUCAAUUUCUUCCG